AUGGCUAGCCCUCCGAACGACUUUGAAAUCCAGGUUGCUGCCGAUGAGCAGCAGGAUGACAGCCACUCUGAUAUUGAAAGCGUCACCGCCUCAUCAACGACUAGUCUUCGCGAGUCCGUGGUAGACUACCUCGUGGAGAAUGGACGCACGUACCAUCGUUACAAGGAAGGCAAAUACCACUUGCCUAAUGACGAAAGAGAGAAUGACAGAGAAGACAUGGUUCAUGCGUUGUGGCUUCUGACGCUUGACGACAAGCUUGGUCUCGCGCCACCAUGUGAUAAGGAUGCCAAGGUCGGCCGAGUUCUAGACAUAGGCACAGGCACUGGAAUAUGGGCUAUCAAUUUUGCGGAUGAGCACCCAGAAUCCGAGGUUCUUGGGAAUGACCUCUCUCCGAUUCAGCCAAGCGACGUCCCGCCCAACGUGAGGUUUGAGGUUGAUGAUAUCGAGGAUGAGUGGACAUAUUCGCAACCAUUUGACUACAUCCACAGCCGAGUGAUGACAUCAAGUGUUGCGGACUGGCCUCAAUACUUGAAGAAGUGCUACGACAAUCUCCAGCCCGGCGGCUAUCUCGAGCUUCAGGAGCUCGAUCUCUUCCCUUCAUGUGAUGAUGGAACCCUUACAAAGGACAGUCCAUUGAUGAAGUGGGCGGACCUACUGUACGGCGCUUCGGUCAAAUUUGGCCGCCCUUACUUGGAAAUUUCUACCUUGAGGAAGGCCAUGAUUGAGGCCGGCUUUGAGGACGUUACUAUGAGUACUUAUAAAUGGCCCUCGAACUCCUGGCCAAGAGACGUCCAUUUUAAGGAGCUUGGGAUGUGGCAGAGGGAGAACAUGCUCAGUGGGCUAGAUGGGUUCACUCUAGCCCCUCUGACGCGUGCCCAUAACUGGUCACCUACGGAAGUCAGCGUCUUCCUCAUCGACGUUCGAAAGGUUAUCAACGACAGAAACAUUCACGCCUACUGGCCAAUCUAUUUCAUCGUUGGCCGGAAGCCGUUGAAGGAGGAAAAGUAA